AUGAAUACGACUACUAUCCUGCAAGAGGUUUUGAUUAAAAGAUCACAGCAGAAGAAGAGGACUUCUCCCUUGAACUACAAAGAGAGGCUUUUUGUACUUACAAAGUCCACGCUAACGUAUUACGAAGGCCGAGCGGAGAAAAAAUACAGGAAAGGAUCUGUGGACAUUUCAAGGAUUAAAUGUGUCGAAGUUGUCAAAAGCGACGGUAUUAUUCCCUGUCAGAAUAAAUAUCCAUUUCAGGUUGUGUACGAUGCUAACACGCUUUAUAUUUUUGCACCAAGUGCACAAAGCCGCGAUCAGUGGGUGAGGAAUCUGAAAGAAGAAAUAAAGAACAACAGCAAUAUAAUGGUAAAAUAUCAUCCUAAAUUCUGGACAGAGGGGAUUUAUCAGUGCUGCAGACAGACAGAAAAACUAGCACCUGGCUGUGAAAAAUACAAUCUUUUUGAAAACAGUGUAAUGAGAUUGCCCUCUCCGAUGCCAGAAAAAAGCGCGCGAAGGCCUCCGCCGCCUGUUCCUCCGGUUGAAGAAAAUGGCAACGAAGAGGAGGAGAUAGUGGUGGCAAUGUACGACUUUGAGCCUACAGAACAUCAUGAUUUGAGAUUAGAGAAAGGUGAAGAGUACACAGUGAUUGAGAAGAACGAUAUUCACUGGUGGAAGGCGAGAGACAAAUACGGAAAACAAGGAUAUAUUCCAAGCAACUACGUAACAGGAAAGAAGUCCAACAACCUUGAUCAAUAUGAGUGGUACAGCAGAAACCUGAACAGAAGCAAGGCAGAGCAGCUCCUCAGGAACGAGGAUAAAGAAGGUGGUUUUGUGGUGAGAGACUCCAGCCAGCCUGGCCUGUACACGGUUUCCCUUUAUACAAAAUUUGGAGGAGAAGGUUCAUCAGGAAUAAGACACUACCAUAUAAAAGAAACGGUGACGUCGCCGAAGCAGUACUACCUCGCAGAAAAACACGUCUUCAACUCCAUUCCUGAAAUAAUUGAGUAUCAUAAACACAACGCGGCAGGUCUCGUCACCAGGCUGCGUUACCCAGUGACCCCAAAGAAGACGACAGCGCCCACGACCGCAGGAUUCAGCUACGAGAAAUGGGAAAUCAAUCCCUCGGAACUGACCUUCAUGAGAGAGCUGGGGAGCGGUUUGUUCGGCGUGGUGCGCCUUGGGAAGUGGAGGGCGCAGUACAAAGUCGCCAUCAAGGCAAUUCGGGAGGGCGCGAUGUACGAAGAGGAUUUCAUUGAAGAAGCUAAAGUAAUGAUGAAGCUAACCCAUCCUAAAUUAGUCCAGCUGUAUGGUGUGUGCACGCAACAGAGACCCAUUUACAUCGUGACCGAGUUCAUGGAGCACGGCUGCCUUCUCAACUACCUGAGGCAAAAACGCGGAGUUUUGAGUAAAGACGUCCUGCUCACCAUGUGCCAAGAUGUGUGUGAGGGAAUGGAGUACCUGGAGAGAAACAGCUUUAUCCACAGAGACCUGGCUGCCAGGAACUGCUUGGUGAGUGACUCGGGAGUAGUCAAAGUGUCGGAUUUUGGCAUGACAAGGUAUGUCCUUGAUGAUCAAUACACAAGUUCCUCGGGGGCUAAAUUUCCUGUGAAAUGGUGCCCCCCCGAAGUUUUCAAUUACAGCCGAUUCAGCAGCAAGUCAGACGUCUGGUCAUUUGGUGUAUUAAUGUGGGAAGUAUUUACAGAGGGAAAAAUGCCCUUUGAAAAAAGCUCCAACUAUGAAGUGGUAACGAUGGUUAGCCAAGGACAUCGUUUGUAUCGGCCCAAACUAGCCUGUAAGCAGGUGUACGAAAUCAUGGUGAUGUGCUGGCAAGAGAAACCAGAGGGACGCCCAACGUUUGAAGACUUGCUUCACACAAUCAUUGACAUUGCAGAGGGUGAAGAUGCUUUCUGAAAAAAAAGAAAAAAAAAAAGACAACAGCAGCACAAGUACAGGAAAGAAGCCGCUUUCCAGAGAGGUGGCUUCACCAUUUCUUUUUAAUGGCUUGAUCCUGUAAGCUGCUGGAUGCUGCUAAACAGCGUGGGGA